CUAAAGAGUUGGUAUAAACAACAUUCCCCUAAAGCUUACUAACACUAACAACUUGUGUUCAGCUGCUGCGAUUCCAAACUGAGAAUUUUGCCGGAGAAGAAGAUCAAAAAUGGCUAGGACGGCGUCGUUUCUUAUCUGUGCUAUGUUUCUAUUCGGCACCAUGUCCAUUAUCCAGGCCAAGAAAUCGACGGAAGAUCUGAAAGAAAUCACUCACAAAGUCUACUUUGACGUUGAGAUAGAUGGAAAACCAGCUGGUCGCGUUGUCAUGGGUCUCUUUGGAAAGGCGGUCCCUAAGACUGCAGAAAAUUUCCGAGCUUUGUGCACAGGAGAGAAAGGCAUUGGCAAGAGUGGAAAGUCACUACACUACAAAGGUAGCGCAUUUCACAGGAUUAUUCCAAGCUUCAUGAUUCAGGGAGGUGAUUUCACACUUGGUGAUGGAAGAGGUGGUGAAUCAAUCUACGGUGAGAAGUUUGCCGAUGAGAAUUUCAAGCUGAAGCACACUGGCCCAGGAUUUUUGUCAAUGGCAAAUGCUGGUCCUGACACCAACGGUUCACAAUUCUUCAUUACAACUGUGACAACUAGUUGGUUGGAUGGAAGACAUGUUGUGUUUGGAAAGGUGAUAUCUGGGAUGGAUGUUGUUUACAAGAUUGAAGCUGAGGGAAGACAGAGUGGAACCCCAAAGACAAAAGUUGUGAUUGCAGACAGUGGCGAACUUCCUCUUUAGAUUCUUCUACCCUAUAUCAAAAUAUUCUGUUUCUUUUCCUUUGUCAACUAGACUGGUUUAGAUGUUAUUAUGUUUGCAUGCUAGACUGGUUUAAAUUAGAAUUUCAUGUUCAUCUCUCAUUAUCUAACCGGGUAAUAAGAUGAAGUUUUAUUAUA